CACUGUUCAAAAAUAGAAAAAUGUGUUUGCCACAUUGAAAAUGUUCCUAUUUCUUAGUAGAUUUUGGAGCUCACUUGGGGCAUGGGCCUUGUGGAAUUGGUCCUUUUUCCAAUAUUUUUUUUCAUGGUGCAAAUUUUGUUACUUUUCUAUAAACUCAUGUUCUGAUCCGGAUUCCCGUUCUCACUUGGAGCAUGGGCCUUGGGACUUCGUUGGCAACAGUAUGGGUAUAUGAGCUUGGUGGCAAUAGACCCGAUUUCACCCGGGACCUAACGAGAUAGACCUAGGACGUACCGGGUACGGGUAUGGGUCGAACUUUUGGAUCCAAUGGGUCGGGUCCAAGUCUAAAACCUGAACUCGAAUACUAUUCGGAUAUGGGUCUGGGUCGGGGUCCGGGUCCAGCCGGACCCCACCUGUUGCAUCCCCUAUUUCUGGACUUGUUGGCAUUGUUACUGUGAAGCAGAAUUGAGGUAACUAGCGCAAGGAAUGAAGGCGCUACGUAGAAGAGGAUGAUCAAAUGGAUGCUAUUAAAUUGAUCCCCAAAUCCUUCUUAUCGCCAAAGCGAAAUUUACUCGGUACUCGCUGAAACUUUUAUCCCCUUGGCAAACCCUACAAAACGAAAUAUUGGCGAAAUCUACUGCAACUUUGCACCUCAAAACCCCUCAAAAAAGGAAGCCAUCUCUAUUCAUGAUCCUUGCAAUCCAUGGAUCAAGAGCCAAAUUCACCCUCAAUUUUCUUUGCCAUUUUGACUCAAUUCCCGAAAGAUACAUUCGACUGAGAAAAACCUUUAAAACCCAACGAAUUUCAGGCCAAAGGAGCAUCUCUUCCAAUCCUCAAGAUUUCAACAUCCCACAGAUUCAUAAUGGCGAUAAGUCUCUUAAAAAAUCUGAAAAUUUCCAUUUUCUAGUGAAAUCAAGCUCCCCCAAAACCCUCUCUCUCCAAAAAUCAGUGGAACUUUAUGCAAAUGCAGGUGAUUUACACAAAGCCCAGAACUUGUUUGAUGAAAUUCAUGAACCAAGAAUUCGGUCAUGGACUUCUCUCAUUUCUGGCUAUAACAAAUGGGGUCUCGCAAAAAAAGCCACUGAGCUUUAUCAUCAAUUCAAAAAGGCAAAGAAGCUAGAACCAAAUACCUUUUUUCUCUUGGCCAUCGCUAGAGCAUGCUCCUAUUUGAAGGAUCUCAAUUUAGCACAUGAGAUCCACAACGAUGUGAAAAGGCUCGGGUUAGAGAGAGAUCUUCUCAUGGGGAAUGUCUUAAUAGACAUGUAUGGAAAAUGCAGGUUUGUCUGGGGCGCGACUGAGGUUUUCAAGGGCCUAGAAGAGAGAGAUGUAAUCUCUUGGACCACAAUGGCUUCUGCCUAUCUUCACUGUGGGCUCUCGAAAAAGGCUCUUGAGAUUGUUAGAGAGAUGCAGAUUAAUGGGGUUAAGCCAAAUUCAGUUACUGUUUCUUUGGUUCUCAAAGCUUGCUCAGAUUUGAAAGCGUUGAACCUUGGAAGAGAGUUUCAUGGUUAUGUUUUGAGAAUGGGUUUGGAAGCCAAUGUUUAUGUGAGCAGUGGGCUUGUCGAUGUGUAUGCUAAUUGUUUAGACUCAGUUCGAGCUCGCUUAGUUUUUGAUCGGAUUCAAGAGAGAGAUGUGGUCUCAUGGAAUGUAAUUUUAACAACUUAUUUUAGGUCUGGUGUGAGUGGAAAAGCUUUUGAGCUUUUCAGAGAAAUGAAGGCUUCGGGGAUAAAACCGAAUUUAGAUUCAUGGAAUGCUAUGAUUGCUGGGUGUUCGCAGAAUGGUGAAUAUGAGAAAGCUAUGGAAUUUUUUGCUCAUAUGACUAAUACAGGCUUUAAGCCUAACAAAAUCACAGUCACAAGCCUACUUCCAGUUUGUGCAAACCUAGAGAGCUUAUGUCAAGGAAGACAGAUACAUGGGUUCGGGUUUAGGCAUGGGCAUGUGCAUGAAAUGGCCGUGGCAACAGCCAUAGUCAUCAUGUAUGCCAAAUGCGGGCGCUUAUCUUCCUCCAAAAAGGUUUUCGAAUCGAUGGGAGAGAAAGACACAGUAGCAUGGAAUAGCAUGAUCAUGGGGCAUGCCAUGUAUGGCCAUGGCAUGGAGGCAUUGGCCCUCUUUAACCAGAUGAGGGAUAUGGGUCUCAAGCCUAACAACGUUACGUUCACUGGUGUGCUUUCAGCUUGCAGCCAUGGAGGCCUGGUUUCAGAGGGUUGUGCCUUGUUUCGGGACAUGGGUCCAUGCCAUGGGAUCAAUCCUGAUCGUGAGCAUUAUGCAUGCAUGGUGGAUAUAUUAAGUCGAUCAGGUCGGCUCGUUGAGGCCUACGAGCUUAUAAAAACCAUGCCUUUUGAGCCUAGUGCUGGAGCUUGGGGAGCUUUGCUUGGAGCUUGUAGGGUGUAUAAGAAUGUUGAAUUGGGACAAAUUGCAGCUUCUAAUUUAUUCGAGAUAGAACAGAAUAAUCCAGGGAAUUACAUUCUGUUGUCGAAUAUUUUUACUGCUUCAGGUAUGUGGGUUGAGGCGUCAAGGAUCAGGGGACUGAUGAGAGAGAAAGGGGUUCUGAAAACACCAGGAAGAAGUUGGGUCGAGAUCAAGAACAGAGUGCACAGUUUCACAGUAGGGGAUAGAAAGCACGAGGAAAAAGAGAAGAUAUAUGCUUUUCUUGCCAAGUUAUAUGAAAAGAUGAAGCUUCAUGGCUACAUGCCUAGUAGUGAGUUUGUCUUGCAAGAUGUAGAGAGAGAAGAGGGAGAAGAGAGCUUGGGUUGGCAUAGUGAGAAGUUGGCUGUGGCUUUCGGAUUGCUCAAGGGAGAACCAGGUUUACCGGUUAGGGUUUUUAAGAACCUACGAAUAUGUGGGGAUUGCCAUGGUGCCAUCAAGCUGAUCUGUAAGAUAGUUGGCAGAGAUAUAAUUGUUCGAGACUCCGUGAGAUUUCACCAUUUCAGAGAUGGGUCUUGUUCUUGUCGAGAUUUUUGGUGAUCUCUCCCUCUCAUCCAAAUUAAUGUUAAGAGGAAGAUCAACAAACCAAGCUUGGAUUCGUAACUUAGUUUAUUUUCCAUUCAAUCAAAGUUUACUUACAAAUUCACCAUGAUCUAGAGAGAAGUGUCUAACUUGCAGAAGUUCCUGUAAAUUGGGUCCCCAAUUUGUGGCAUGCAAUGGUCUGCAGGGCUUGGACCCUUGAUGUUUCUAUACUGUAACAUACAUGAGAUGGAGAGAAACGCCAUCUAAAUAACCUCUUGUUGUAAAUGUUAGUGAGAUGGCUAGACUGACCAAUCCAGAGAGAGACCUUGUUAAUACAAGUUGAUCUAAAGAGUAAAUUAUGCA